GUUAGUUAAAUCACUCAUUAGACGAGCCUACAGCCCGCAUCAGGAAAGGCUGAUUCUUGCUUGAAUUAUUGCCGCCCCUAGACCUGCCUCACACAACAUCUGCCACAUGCGCUCUUCGGCGCAUACACGCGCUUUGGGCUUCAGGACCAUGCGGAGGACCGUCCCUCAUCCAUAAGGGAAAGGAGGGAGUCGGGAUGUGCUGUCAUGUUCCUUAAAUAACUGAUCGUCAAAAACUUCUGCGUCUGCGGAGUUUAGAUUGUCCCGUGUGUGGAUGUGUUAGACUAGAUUAAACUGAUAGAAAUCUGCCAUUUUUCUAGAAGGACGCUUUGUUUAAAAUUCUUCGCCUCAGAUGAGAUAGAACCGUUCUUCAAUCAAUUCUGCCUGACUCAGAGAUGGGAACCCAUGCCUGGCCUUGAGGCUGGUGCCAAGGAGUCCGUGCCUGGCAUUGAGACGGGAGCCAAACUGGGCGCCAUGAACCCUGGCGUGGAGGAGCCACAUGCCUCUCUCAUCUCCAUGGUGAUCAUGGGCACGGUGAUGCUCCUCUUCCUCCUCAGCGUUACCUGCUGCUGUUUCUACAUGAGCAAACUGAGACAUCGGGCCCAAGCUCAAAGCAUCGGAUACAAGGCAGUUGUGUUUGAAGAUGAGUCUGCUGAAUUAAAUUUGCACGAGAAGGAAAUGUGUGUGGUGUGUUUGGAGGAUUUCAGGAUAAAAGACGAGCUCGGUGUGUUGCCAUGUCAACACACAUUUCACAAAAGGUGUCUAGGGAAAUGGCUCCAGGUGAGGGGUGUGUGCCCUAUGUGUAAUUACCUCAUCAACAGCCCCUUAGAGCAACGGCACAGUCUGACGACUCUGCUGGAUGAAAUGGUAUAGCAGCCAGACUCAGGAUCCAUCACAUAUGAAACGACAGUGCGGAACUUAGAUGGUAAAUGGAAGUCCGGAGCCUAAAUGGCAUAUGGACAUCACUAUAUUUGAGUCACAUAUGGACUACAGUAAUCAAUGGUAUGCUUCAGGAUCUACUGUUUGAAGUAUAUCAAACAGCCACCCACCAACCAACCACACUCUCCAGGGACGUCAGCCAGCUGGUAUAGCAUACCUGCCAGUUAUACUCCACUAUACCACAUUCAGUGGUAUAGCAGGCAUAAGCAUGUACUUGUAACAGUGAACAUCCACUGCUCAAUUAACUGUUAUAGCGGACACACAACAGCCGCUAUCCUCAGGAUCUACGGCUAUAUACAUAAAGCAGACAGCUGUAUCUAUAAGUAGCUCUUCGAUAUCCACAGCUGGAGGGGAUAGCAGAAAGCUACCAUCUUAAACCAUGCUUCUUACUCAAGCUGUCGACUACACUCCUCUGGAAUCCUGCAGAACCAAUGGACUAAUAUCAGUGACAUUCCCAAGGAUUCAACAUUGUGGACAAAUGUAAAUAGUUGCAAUGCUGCUUGGGGGAGUUCAGAUUAAAACACUGUUGCCACUUUUUUACACUCUCCACAAGUUUUAGGCUUUGGCUUGCCUUUUUAGCAUUUGAACUUGAAACUCAAGUCAAAUGGUUGUUUGUAGACAUUAUGGACAACAACACAAGAUACUUCAGUCACUUAAAAGACUCUUGGUCAAUUAGCAGUAAUGGCUUUCCCAAAUGAUAGACCAAUACAAAAAAAACAAGCAAACAAAUAUAAUCCUAAAGACCAUUAAGUGCUUAUAAGUACCAUGCACAGCCUCUAGCCCCGUCUGCAGAGACAGCUGUUGAAAAUGGAAGGGAAUGGAAGGGCCUCCUGUGUUUUACAUUAAACACCAUCAUUAGAAAAGAACUGAGAUCUGGUUUCUUAACAUUAAGCAGAUCUGCUGUUCCUCAGUGGGGAGAAAGUAGUUUUAAAUUCUUGCCGGUACUAUUACCACAACCCCCAUGGCUUCAUUUGAAAAGCUUUUUUCCAAAACAUUAUAUCCUCCAUUUUAAUAAAUCACUAUUUUUA